AGGUAAUCCAAUAGAGCGCGUUCGGGCACGGACAAGUGUUAGACGAUUUGCACAGAAUCGACAAACAACUGUCGCCAACAACAAAGUGUAUGAAACAAUAUACAUCUACUUCCCCCCCCCAUUCGGCUGGUCAUUUAAAUAAACGACAUAAUGCAGCGAAUCCGCCAUAAUUGGCGCCACACACUGAUCGGGCUAUUGCUCGUUAUCUGUGCCGAUUUUGGAGCGACUCAAUCGAAUUAUGUGCAACACGGAGAUAGCGGAAAUUAUACGACAAAUGGGCUGCCCGAGGAAGCGACGCUGGAUGGCAAAGUAACCAAGCUGGACGACAUCAGCCCAUUGAUAUUCCUAAAUCGCACCAAAGCUGCGCUGAACUGUGCCGCUGGUUCAAUGCAAGUUGAUCUCAAAUUCAAUGAUCCGUUCCAUGGCAUCGUUCAGGCCGAUUACGAUCGUAGCAGCGCCUGUCGUGUGAGCGGGAAGGGCGCUUUGAGCUAUCGCUUGGAAUUGCCCCUCAAGGGUUGUGGCACCAUUCAGAAUCCCACGCGUGUGUUCACCAACAACAUCAUCGUACGCUUCCAUGCCAAUUUGGAAAUGGAUGGCGAUGAGAUCAUCACGAUUGUGUGCCGUUAUCCACCGCCGGUACCUUCGCUCCCCCCUGCACUGCCAGCCCCCAUCCUGAAUCCGAUUGCCACGGGGGCUGUGCUUCAGCCACCACUGAAGGGAAUUCAAAUUCUUAUGAUCAUUUGCGCCAUUAUGUUCCUCACGCUCCUGUUGCUCGGUCUGGCCGUCUCCUACUACUGCCUGCGCAGUCGUCCCAUUCCUGUGGUACGGCGCUUGCCCAUGUCCAUGGGCAGCGGCUCUGAAAUCACUAAGCUGAGCGGCAGCAGUGUGGGCAACAUAAGUGCCUUCGAGGGCGUAAAGAUUCCACGUGCUCAUGCAGCACUCCAGGCGGUCUACAGUUCAUCGGGCAGCGAGGGAGCCCUCAUACCAUCCGACUAUCCCAGCGAAUCCCACUCCGAAAUCGAAGAGAUUGACACAAGAUCACUGCCAUUUAGCUCGGCGGGAAGCUUUGAGAAUCGCGCCUUUGUUCAGGAAACUUCCAGCAUCUACAGCGAUCAUUAUGCGCCCGCCCAGGAAAUUCCAGCUGCCAAUGCGGUUGUCACCGCCGUCACGCGUCACGCCAUGCCCAUCAAGGAGGCGGCACCAUCGCCCAAGUUCGAUGUGCAGGUACGCGUCAAGAAAUCACCGCCACCCAUACCCUCGCCUGUUACUUCGGAUACGGAGAGUGUGGCCACGGUUCGGCCCGAUCGCAAUAACCUCUCCACCAUCAUGGAGGCCUAUGAGGAUCGGGAGAGUAUCAUGACCAUGGACUCACUGCCAGCACAAGUCGAGACGAUACAAACGCAAUUCACGUACGUUCCCGAGCUACAUCCGGCACCACAAUUGGGCACCGUGGUGGCAGCACCACCCCCGCCGGAGCCCAAAUUCUCUGUCUACACGCGUACUCAUCACGAAGUGGUCGAUGGCCGUCCUGAGACCUGGUCCGACUAUACUGAUGGUCCAGCGCCCAGUGAGAUAACAGAUUUGUCUUCAGAAGCACCAGAUAUUCACACCACUCGGGAGAUCGACACCAUGCACUACUAUGAGGAUGAAUAUGUGCCCGUGGAGCCGCCCAUUGUGGCUAAGCCACCGCAGGUUACUUCGCAUACUGUGGACGACAUCUACUUGCGCACCAUCACCGAGAAGAAGACCAUCGAAGACAUUGAGAGCCAUAAGCGCCGCGUCACAGAAUACAAGACUAAACCGAAAUUGUUGCCACCUCCACCACCGCCCAUUGUCGAUCCCACGUUCGAUGUGAAGGUUCGCAACUAUCCGAGCGAGCGCGAGCAACAGCAGUGGGAGAACUUCUCAGAUAUUUCGAGCGCUUCGGGUCUGACACUCACACCCAAGAUGGAGCGCACUGAAUUGAAUUUGCCGCCCACAGAGCCGCCGGCACAGAUCCAUGACAAUAAGCAGAAGCUGACCAGCCCCGAGCUGGUGGGCAACAUGAAGCCGAUUGAAGUGCCGCCCGAGGAUAAGGCCGUGCCCAACUGGGAUGUCCUCAUACGCAUCUUGGAGGAGCCCGAACCACUUUCGGAGGUGGACGAUGCCAGCUCGGUGCACAACAUUAGCUACGAUGACCGUGCCAAGUGGAAGGAAAUCAUAACGACCGAGUCAUCUUUGCGUACAAUGCUGACGGAGGCGGUAGUGCGUGAAGACUUUGAACGUAUUCGCCAGGAUACACGCUAUGAGCGCAUGUUCGAGCCCCAGACCUGGGACGUAAUCAUACGCAUCUUGGCACCUCCCCAGGACGAGGAUCCGGAUGUUGAGAUGCGUCAACCGAAACGCGGCAAGAAGACGCAACCAUGGGAUACACGUUCGCGUCGCAGCUCUCUGCCUACCCUCUAUGAGUACGACAGCGAUGGUGGAUCCAGUGUUCGCACCAUACGCAAUGAUCCGUCCUUGCCGUUGCAUGUCGGUGGUCCCUUCAACAUGCAACGAUCGCGUCGAUCCUCACGCACUUCAUAUCAAACCGGAGACAACGAUUUCCGCUCAAUGUCCGAGGUGACUGUUGAUUUCGGACGACCCGAUCAUCUGGAUAAUGUCUCCGAUGCCAGCUCCUAUUAUCGCAUGCAGUACUACGAUGAUGAGGAUCGUCGCUCCUUCCAUCGAUCGAUCAGUCAUCCAUCGCUGGCACGCUCGGCCAGCGAAUUCACCGAACAUUGGACAGCACCAGACGAGAUUUCAUCGCCAGAGGGUACACCGGGCACGUCGCGUCGCUCGCGUCUGACUACCUUCCAACCACUGCCGCCAGCUGCCCAGCCGGGAGACCGCAUUCUAGCUCAAACUCAAAGCGAAUACGUCGAGACACUUCGAAGUGUGUACCACAGCGAGCAGAAGGAGACAUCGGCCCAACUGCCUCAGCGCAAAUGGUAAACGGGGCAGUAAUGUUCUUGGACCAAUUUUUUAAGUCAAACUCUAUUUUUUUUAUAUGUAAUUUUUGACUAAACUAAAAAACAAAAAAUACUAGCGCAACUUAGUUUUUUGCAAGGGUAAUUAGUUCUUAACUGAAUGAUAUUCAUGCUCGUAGGUAGCUCUACUAUAUUGGAAAACUAAACUGUGUGAUAAUAAUGGGGAAUUUUUAAUACCAUCCGAAGGGAUGUUUGUGACCCAAGCAGUGCAAAAUGCUGUUCUUAAAUGUUUUAAUAGAAAAUGAUUAUAUUCGAAAUUCAAUAUUAAAUGGGCGACGAUUUGUUUUUAGAAACAGUACAGUAUGCAUUUUUUUUGCAUGCAAUACUGGGUUUCGUAAAAAUUCCCCCUUAUUGUCCAGAAAGGGUGUAACAUUUGCUUCUACAAUCAUAACACAAGUGCCAAUAAUAUAUAAAAAAAAAUUAAUAAAUAAUUGUAUCAUUUUUUUAUGUCGCAACUUUUACACAAAUAAAAAAAGCGUAUAGUUUAAAUAUAUAGAAAUAAUUUAUUAAACUAUGUAUGAA